AGACUGGUGGAUAUGAUAUAUACAAAAUGGCGCAAGAGAAGGAUCACAUUCCGUGACAAGACAACUGUGAGAUCCGAAUUUAAGUGAAACGCAUUCGAUAGAGAGACGACAAGACAAAAAAAAAACAUGGCGAAACAGGAAGAAGUUACGGUCCCGAUCUUCUCAUCCCUUGAUCAUGUCUACGGCGAAGGAUCUCAGCUCCAAGAAGCCAAGUCACGAUUCGAUGCUUUGAAAUCCAAAUUCAACCAGGCCUUCGAUGCUUCUCCCCAGCUCUUCGCUCGCUCUCCCGGAAGAGUGAAUCUGAUCGGAGAGCACAUUGACUAUGAGGGAUACUCUGUGUUACCGAUGGCUAUUCGUCAGGACACUAUUAUCGCAAUCAGGAAACGUGAGGGUUCAAAUGAGUUGAGGAUAGCAAACGUUAAUGAGAAGUACUCCAUGUGUACUUAUCCUGCUGAUCCUCACCAGGAGAUUGACUUGCAGAAUCACAAAUGGGGUCAUUACUUCAUCUGCGCGUAUAAAGGGUUCCAUGAGUAUGCAAAGUCAAAAGGAGUGAACGUUGAUUCACCAGUUGGACUUGAUGUGGUUGUUGAUGGCAUUGUUCCUACAGGUUCUGGGUUGUCAAGUUCUGCUGCCUUUGUUUGCUCAUCAACCAUUGCUAUUAUGGCCGUCUUUGGUGAGAACUUUGAAAAGAAAGAACUUGCACAGCUUACAUGUGAAUGUGAACAACACAUUGGAACACAAUCUGGUGGCAUGGACCAGGCAAUCUCUAUUAUGGCUAAAACUGGUUUUGCUGAGCUUAUUGACUUCAACCCGGUCCGUGCAACGGAUGUUAAACUCCCUCAUGGUGGGAGUUUUGUGAUCGCACACUCUCUUGCAGAGUCUCAGAAGGCGGUCACAGCUGCUACUAAUUACAACAACAGGGUCGUCGAGUGUCGACUUGCUUCGAUCAUACUCGGCAUUAAGCUCGGAAUGGAACCGAAAGAAGCAGUAUCAAAAGUUAAGACUCUCUCUGACGUGGAAGGAUUAUGUGUGUCGUUUGCUGGUGAUCGUGGCUCCUCUGAUCCUGUUCUAGCUGUUAAGGAAUAUCUGAAAGAAGAACCGUACACGGCCGAGGAGAUUGAGAAAAUCGUCCAGGAGAAACUACCAUCGAUCUUGAACAACGAUCCAACAUCUUUAGCUGUACUUAACGCUGCAACGCACUUCAAACUGCACCAGAGAGCUGCACAUGUUUACUCCGAAGCACGGCGAGUUCAUGGUUUCAAGGACACAGUUGAUUCAAACUUAAGUGACGAAGAGAAGUUAAAGAAACUUGGUGAUCUCAUGAACGAGAGCCAUUACAGCUGCAGUGUCCUAUACGAGUGCAGUUGCCCGGAACUAGAAGAGCUAGUUAAAGUGAGCAGAGAGAAUGGAGCACUUGGAGCAAGGCUGACAGGAGCUGGAUGGGGCGGUUGCACUGUGGCCUUGGUUAAAGAAUCUGGCGUCUCUCAGUUCAUCGCUGCUGUUAAGGAUAAAUACUACAAGAAGAGGAUAGAGAAAGGAGUGGUGAAGGAAGAAGACAUGGAGCUUUACCUUUUUGCUUCCAAGCCUUCAAGUGGUGCUGCCAUCUUCAACCUCUAAACAUUGCCUCUUCCACUCUUCUUUUGUUUUAAUUUAUUCAAGUCUUUCUCAAUUUGAACUGUUUGCAGUUGCCAUCUUACAUUGAAUUAGAUCAUAUCAUUUGUUGCUGAAUAAUUGGUUGGCCUGAGAUCAAAUAAAAUAUUAGAAUAGUGGAAAUCUUUUUUUUCA